AUGAACAAAUCUUUAAGCGCUCUUAUAGAUAGUCUUUCGGAGUGGUCGUCCCGGAUUUUUAGAAUCAGUCCAUCAGACAUGAACCAUGGUGCAUCCAACAAGGAACUGGAACAAGUUUUCGAACAAAUCGACGCUAUUGUUGAAAACCACAAUAAUAACUUAGCCACUACCUUUGAUAAGAUAUCAUACCGUGUGGCUCACAAGAUCACACACUUGGUUGAAAGCCAUUCUUUAUUGUUCAAUUACGUUACAUUGGUCCUCAUCGCGACUGCUUUGGUCGUUAUUGGUUCAUUUACGUCUAUUUCUUCUAUUCCAUUUACAGCUCUACCUCCUACUAAGGAACACCCAUUGUUUGAUCCAACAGAUUUUGAUAUAGAUCACGAUUGCCAUGUUAUUUACCACGAAGAUGACGAAGAUAAGAAGAAAAAAAAAAAAAGCAAGAGGUUUCUUGAUAUGAUGGAUGAAAAGCACGCUAUUAUAUUGCCCUUAUCUAGCGGUUGUACUUUACUAGCUCUUUAUUUUGUGAUCAAGAAACUGCAUUUAAACUGGUUAAAGUAUGUGGUUAAGAUUUUGAAUUUCAACAUAACACUGUUGAAUAUACCUGCUGGUACAUUUGUCUACUCAUAUUUUCUCAACUCAGUCUUCAGAAACCUAUCACAUUUUACCUCGUGGAAUCCCUUGGUUGUUUUGCCUAGGUAUCGUGUGACAAUAGCUGAUGAUAACGAGGACUUGAACAAAAUAGGGGGGUUUGUUACCAAUUUGAAUUACAGAGACGGAUUGACCAACUCAGUCGUCCACAAGAAGACAUUGAAUGAAAUUGAAAGUGAUCACUGGAUGAAACAUUUUUACAGAAGAGAAUUGGUUGAACCUAAGGAUAUCAAAUCGAAGAGGCAGAUUAGUAACAUGUACUUUAAUAAUGCUUUAAUUGUUUCGUUUAUUCUCUCCCUCAUUUCCACUGCAUAUUUUUAUUUAUCGCCUAAUAAUUGGUUAAUAUCUAAUUUAGUCAGUAUGAAUAUGGCAAUUUGGUCCAUUUCUCAACUGAAAUUGAAGAAUUUGAAGGCUGGUGCCCUAAUAUUAAUCGCCUUAUUUUUUUAUGACAUUUACUUUGUCUUUGGUACCGAUGUGAUGGUAACAGUAGCUACUAACCUUGAUAUCCCCAUAAAACUAAGUAUACCGGUCAAGUUUAACACCGUACAAAAUAGCUUCAACUUUUCAAUGCUGGGAUUAGGUGAUAUUGCCUUGCCUGGUAUGUUUAUAGCAACGUGCUACAAGUAUGACAUUUGGAAAUGGCAUCUUGAUCAUGACGACACUGAAUUCCACCUUUUGAAUUGGUCAUAUGUUGGCAAAUACUUUAUCACAGCAGUGAUAAGUUAUACUGUUUCUUUGAUAUCUGCAAUGAUAUCAUUAUCUAUUUUUAAUACUGCUCAACCAGCUUUGUUGUACAUCGUUCCUUCCUUAUUGAUCAGUACUAUUUUGGUGGCUUGUUGGAACAAAGAUUUCAAGCAAUUCUGGAACUUUCAGUAUGAUACGAUUGAAGUGGAUAAAAAUUUAAAAGAAGCCAUCAAGAAUAAGCAAAAUUCUAUGACUUAUUCAACUUUUAUCUUAUCAGAGUACUAUGAUGACGCUGACAAAUACGCCUUGCUUGUUGACGAUGUAAUGGAGAAUUUUGAUGACGAUGAAGAAUUCGUACAAAAGGAAGAUUCUAACGACAGUUCUGAGGGAGAGUAUUCUGAAGAGGAUUUCUCCGACGACGAAUCAUCUUGA